AUGGGAGGAUGGAAAGAGCAGGGAUGGCUUGGGAGGGGAAAAGGCGGCGCGGGGGGGGAAAGAGCUGAUACAGCAGGGGAAGGGAGUGGCCGGGGUGGGGAAAAGGAGGGGGAGAUGACGGCAGGGGCGGGUGCGGAUGAUGAAGUGCCGCUGUUGGAUGACGAGGAGGUGGCGCGGGCGGACAAGGAGGUCAUUCAGGCGGUGUUUGAGCGCGUGGUGGAGGCGCAGGCGCAGCUGCACAACUACAAGAGCCUCGUCAUUUUCGCGCUCUUCACCGCUCUCUACCUCCUCAUGCUCUGCCUUCAGGCGCAGUCCUUCCACAGCUACCAGGUGGCCACCGCUCACUCCGUCCUGCUGCCUCCGGACUACUCCAAGGACUCGAGCUACUCCUUUGCCAGCAGCAGCGCUUUCUACACCUGGCUCAAUGACAGCAUCAUUCAGGCCGUAUGGACGGACCCGCAGUGUGGCGAUGGCACAUGCACGCCCCCCAUGGAGGUACCAGCGGUGGGUCGCUUCGGGUGCGCCCUGGACUGCGGGUUGGCCAGCAACGUGACGGCGGUGACGGUGGCGCUGCGCUGGCGCUUUGCAUCCACGGACGCCAUGGCGGCCUCCUCCUGGAACCUCUGCUCCACCUCCAUCCGCGACGUCUGCUGGUUCGAGGGUGCGCAGGUGUUCACGGAGGUGGCAGGCUGGCACACGCUCACGCUGCAGCUGCCAGACAACGACUGGUUCGUCUCACUCACUGCACCGGACGGCGGGGUGAGCGUGUACGUGUACGAGUCACAGCCCACCACCAGCCAGGACGGACCACUGCUGCCUUCAGCCUCCCUCGACGCAGCUGCGGCAGCAGCAGCAUCAGCAGCACCGCCCUCCUCACCCACUCCCGCGCCUCCCCCCUCUAGCGCCGGCGCCCCUGCCUCCUCGCCCUCUGCAGCGCCGUCUCCUUCGGGGGGCGUGAAGGGGAGGGUGCGGCCGUCCAACGGCACGGGCGCUAACGUGCUGCUGGCGCUCAUCGAUGGCUGCGUGGCGGAUGGCGAGAGCGGUCUGCAGCGGUGCAGAAAGGCAUUCACUCUCUUCGAGCCUUUCGUCCAGACGCCCUCAUGCACCGGUGCGCCCUCCUGCCCUCCCCACCCUCCUGCCCUCACCACCCUCCUGCCCUCCCCACCCUCCUGCCCUCCCCACCCUCCUGCCCUCCCCACCCUCCUGCCCUCCCCACCCUCCUGCCCUCCCCACCCUCCUGCCCUCCCCACCCUCCUGCCCUCCCCACCCUCCUGCCCUCCCCACCCUCCUGCCCUCCCCACCCUCCUGCCCUCCCCACCCUCCUGCCCUCCCCACCCUCCUGCCCUCCCCACCCUCCUGCCCUCUCCUCCACCCUCCUGCUCCUCCCCCCCACCCUCCUGCCCUCCCCACCCUCCUGCCCUCCCCACCCUCCUGCCCUCCCCACCCUCCUGCCCUCCCCACCCUCCUGCCCUCUCCUCCACCCUCCUGCCCCUCCCCCCCAACCCUCCUGCCCUCCCCACCGUCCUGACCCCACAUUUCGCUAUUUCACGCCCUUCCCACAUCUUUCUCUCUUGCCGUAAUGUUUCCCUCUGCCAUGAACUGGCAGCCACAGCAACAGCAGCAGCAGCAGCAGCAGCAGCAGCAGCAGCAGCAGCAGCAGCAGCAGCAGCAGCAGCAGGCCCAUCUUCUUCCCGUCUUCUCCUUUCUGCGUCGAUUCCCGAUAACGCAAAUCAGCAAACCGUCAUGUCAUCUGUCGUCCAGGUCCGUGCACUGCGCUGUCUGCACUGCACUGUCUGCACUGCGCUGUCUGCACUGCCCUGUCUGCACUGCACUGUCUGCACUGCGCUGUCUGCACUGCGCUGUCUGCACUGCGCUGUCUGCACUGCGCUGUCUGCACUGCGCUGUCUGCACUGCGCUGUCUGCACUGCACUGUCUGCACUGUGCUGUCUGCACUGCGCUGUCUGCACUGCGCUGUCUGCACUGCGCUGUCUGCACUGCGCUGUCUGCACUGCGCUGUCUGCACUGCGCUGUCUGCACUGCGCUGUCUGCACUGCGCUGUCUGCACUGCGCUGUCUGCACUGCGCUGUCUGCACUGCACUGUCUGCACUGCGCUGUCUGCACUGCGCUGUCUGCACUGCGCUGUCUGCACUGCGCUGUCUGCACUGCGCUGUCUGCACUGCGCUGUCUGCACUGCACUGUCUGCACUGCGCUGUCUGCACUGCGCUGUCUGCACUGCGCUGUCUGCAGCCCUGUCUGCACUGCGCUGUCUGCACUGCACUGUCUGCACUGCGCUGUCUGCAGCCCUGUCUGCGCUGUCUGCACUGUCUCGACAGCACUGGCAUGGCAUCACACACCUGCCUCUCAGUG